AAUUCUUUACAUGAGUUGGACUUGGAUAUUUUAAAAACUUUUAUACUUUAUAAAAUAUGCUCAUGUUACAUGUUUCCUGGGCUUUCGUCAUAUGCAUUUAUACUCUUCACACUUAUCUUUAACGUUUCUUUUGUUUUUUUUUUAGUACAUAUCUUUAACGUUUCAAUACAUACUCUGUCUGUAACGCCAACUAUUUUUAUUAUAUGUAGUGAUUUAUUACCUUCCCUUAGUACACACAGAAAACAUUAACAUUGGCUAUAGCUACAAAUUAAUAAAUAUAUACAAUGAAGGAUGGAAAGCAGAAAAAGAAGAUAAAUACAACAGAGUACUGUAAUAGUAAGGGUGUUUCUUGGCAAGAGAUGAAGUACCUUGCAGAUACAGAAGAGGGAUCCCUUAAACAAGAUAUACAAGAUCUCAAAUCAUGGGCAAUGAUGGAGAGCAGAGGGGGCAGACUUUAUUUGUGGGAUUUUAUUUGCAUCUCAAUAAUAAGAGUGACCAAUAUGAUAGAUAGCAUGAAUGAAGAGAAAUUGAAGGAAUACAUAGAAAACAGACCUGUGGAAUUAAAGACAGUAAAGAUCCAGAAGAACAAUAAUACUCCCAGGCCAAAAAUACAGAGGAUUGGCAAGUCUACUAAGGCUUCAAACAAUGGAAUUAUGGCUUCAGUUUGGAAGUUUCACAAAGAUCACGAUGAUGACUACCUAAACCUUAAAUAAUAAUAUUUAUAAGAUCGUCUUUAGAUCAAUUAAAUAUUUCUCGUAUUUUAUCUUAUUGAAGAGAGAAAAGAGGAAAAAAAAAAAUCAUCACAUUAAUCAUCUGAUCGGUCCUUUAAUUAUUAGAUCAUACAACAACUUUAGUUUAUAUGUUUUUGUUAUAUUAUUUAUUAAAUAAUAUAAUAUUAAAAUUAAAUUUUGAUA